AGAGACCAGUCACCAUGCCUGAUCCGUCUAAAUCAGCUCCUGCUCCCAAGAAGGGUUCUAAGAAGGCUGUCACCAAAGCCCAAAAGAAAGAUGGCAAGAAGCGCAAACGCAGCCGCAAGGAAAGCUACUCGAUUUACGUGUACAAGGUGCUGAAGCAGGUGCACCCCGACACCGGCAUCUCAUCCAAGGCCAUGGGUAUCAUGAACUCCUUCGUAAAUGACAUCUUUGAGCGCAUCGCCAGCGAGGCCUCCCGCCUGGCACACUACAACAAGCGUUCCACCAUCACCUCCCGGGAGGUGCAAACUGCCGUGCGCCUGCUGUUGCCAGGCGAACUGGCCAAGCAUGCCGUGUCCGAGGGGACCAAAGCCGUCACCAAAUACACUAGCUCCAAGUGAGGCGCUUCCACCGCAGCGGCGCAACAGAACCCAAAGGCUCUUUUCAGAGC